GGUGGAUGGCGAAAGUUAGAAGGACCACGCUGGGCAUAUUGCUGUUGGCUACGUGUAUUGCUGGUAACAAUGUGAACGAACCGCCGACUUUUGAGGCUGGUGGAUACCCGAUGGGACUGACGCUUUCCGAAACCACAGUUGUUGGCACGAAAGUUUACACCCUAAAGGGACACGACCCGGAGGGAUCACCCGUUAAGUACGGAAUACAGUUAACUGACAAGUUCGUCGUGGAUCAACGGAGCGGAGUCGUGACACUGGCCAAACCACUGGACCGAGAGGAAUUGGACACGAUAAGGUUCCGGGUGACCCUGGAGGACUCGGUGCCGCUGGGCCAGCAGCCGAACAUCGUCGGGGUCGAGGCUUACGUGAUCGUGCUCGACGAGAACGACAACCCGCCGCAGUUCAUUGGCGUGCCUUACGAGGCGGUCGUCGGGGAGGACGCCCCUCCCGGCACGACCAUCCUGCCUGCCGUGCGGGUCACCGAUCCCGACCUCCUCGGCGAGAACAUCAAAGUCACCUGCAUACCGCAGCCCCAGUUUCCAGAUGCCUGCUCGAAAUUCAGCAUCGUCAGUGUCGAAGGCAGCCAAGACACCUACAUCGGAGCCCUCGUUCUGCGCCAGCCGCUCGACUACAAAGAGCGACCCUUUUACCAGCUCCUUCUCCAAGCGAGCGAUGGUACAAACACCAAUACGACGGGAGUGGAGAUCAAAGUCGCCGACAUCCAGAACAGCCCACCCGAAUUUUUGGACUCGCUGACCGGGGUCGUCAAGGAGGAUGACCCGAUUGGUACUCUAGUCAUGACGGUCAAGGCGAGGGACGGUGAUCGCGGGAUGCCGCGGAAAAUUGUCUAUGAGCUGGCCACAAAUCCCUUCGACUACUUCCUGCUGGACGGGACGAGCGGUGAGUUGCGGACGGCGAAGCCCCUGGACCGCGAGGCUCUGGAGAACUCGACGGGCGUCCUGACCUUCGGGGUGAGGGCCCGGGAGGUGGUGGAUGGCCAGCCGGGUGGCGACAGGUCGACCGUUACCGAUGCGGAGGCGACCGUCACUAUCAAGGAUGUCAACGACGAGCCGCCCUCGUUCAAUCGCAGGGAGUACGGCAUCUCCAUACCGGAGAACAUCGCCGACGGCACGCCCCUGCCCCACCUCGACAUGAUGGUGCGGGACCCCGACGUCGGCUUGAAUUCGGUAUUCUCUCUGCGGCUGGAGGAUAUCACUGGGGCUUUUACCGUCGAACCGACCCAAGCAACAGGCAGCACUUCGGUGAACAUCCGAGUGACUAAUGGCUCAUUGGACUACGAGAAUCCCAAUCAGAGAAAAUUCAUCAUUCUGGUGGUGGCCGAGGAAGUUCACACAAAUCCAAGACUUUCUUCCACCGCUACGGUAACAGUCGGCAUUACGGAUGUUAAUGACAAUGCGCCCUCGUUCUUGAGUCCCUCGUACACGGCUCUGGUCUCGGAAAUUGCCGGGCCUAACACCCCAAUAACAACGAUCACGGCCAGAGAUCGUGACAGUGGACGUUUCGGAGCAGCCGGAAUAGUAUACCAGUUGAUAGGCAAAGGCUACGAACAUUUCUCGGUGGACAAAAAGUCGGGAAGCAUUUCCGUAGCACCCUGCCCGACGCCAGGAACGUCUCCUUGCCUCGAUUUCGAAGAACAGAGCGAAUACUUCCUCAACUAUAAGGCGACGGACGACUUCGGCAAGGGACAAACGACGAGCGUCUCCCUGCGGUUGAGUUUGGCCGACGCGAACGACAGCCCACCCAAGUUCCAGCACAGAAGCUACCGCGCGGUGAUAGACGAGGGCGCGGAAAAGUUCGAGCCGGCGUUGCGAGUGCAGGCGCGAGACCGCGACAAGACUUCGAAAAUAAGUUACUCCAUCGUUGGGGGCAACGAGCUGGGGAUCUUUGCUGUCGACUCGGACUCGGGAGAGUUGAGUCUCGCGAAGCGCGCCCCCGUCGACGCUGCCAAUGGCUCCGUCGUCCUUUUCGUCCAAGCGAGCGACGGCAACUUCAGCGAUCGGACCGUUGUCACGAUCAACGUGCGGGACGUCAACAACAACGCCCCUGCCUUCGCUCACGAUCUCUAUACGGCUAGUAUACCCGAGAUUUCGCCGAUCGGAACGAUUGUCGAGGAGCUUACUGCGACAGACGCCGACAGCGGUAUCAAUGCCGAGCUAGUCUACAGAAUUCAGAAGGGAGCGUUCAACGAUUUCUCCGUCAACAAAACCACUGGUGCUGUUUUUGUAUCGCACAAAUUGGAUUACGAUCAGCGAAACACCUAUCACGUAGAAGUCAUAGCAUUCGACAAAGGCUCGCCAAGCUUAACUGGUACGACGACGCUGAUGAUAAACGUCGAAAACAGCAACGACAAGCCACCCCAUUUCAAUCCAGAGGUGCAGCGAGCUGAAGUCACGGAAGACACCGCGAUCGGCACAGUCUUUGCGACCUUGAAGGCCAUGGACCCCGACAGCACGGAUCCCGAAGCCCUGAGCUUCAAGCUUUCCGAGCCGAUCGCGGCGAUCGACAGAAACGGUCAGCGAGUCAAUGGGAGUGGUGCUGGAUUCAAGGAUUUUUUUGCCGUCGAUCGCAAGACAGGCCAGGUUUCAGUGGUUAAGCCGUUGAACCGAGACGUCGCGGCUACAGUCAGCUUGGCGGUAGUCGUCACCGAUACCUCAGCCCCGACGCUGCAACAGGGAAAAGGUACUCUGAUUGUGACGAUCAUAGAGGUGAAUCAUUUUGCUCCUGAAUUCAUUCGGCCAUGGACGAGGGAGGAUCCAAGGUACUCGAUAGAAAUGCAAGAGGAGCAGCCAACUGGAGCAAUAGUUGGGGCGUUCACGGCGACUGACGCGGAUAAUAACAUCGCGGCGUACACCAUCGAGCCACCCAGCCCCUACUUUCACAUAAAUAACAUUACUGGUAUCGUUCGAACCAGUCAAGUUAUCGACUUUGAAGAGACGAAACAGCUGGAAUUCACUGUGUUUGCAUACGACACGGGAGUCCCGCAGCUGAAGUCGAGUGCAAAGGUCGCGGUGACGAUAAUCAACGUAAACGACGAGGAUCCUAGGUUCGAGAAGAAGUCGUACAAUGCCACGGUCAAGGAAAAUUCACCCCCUGGUACGCGCGUCACGCUGGUGAAAGCUGUGGAUACCGAUGAAGGUCCUUUCGGCGAAGUCACUUACAGCCUGAUUGGAGAGCAUGCCGCUGACUUCAACAUCGGCCACGACAAUGGAGAAAUAACAGUCGGCGGUGCAACGGUGCUGGAUCGCGAAGUCGUACCCGAGAUAACAAUAUCGGUUUUGGCGAGCGACAGUGCACCGGUGAAUUCGCGAAGGACAACAUCGGUACCCGUUGUCAUAAAACUCGUUGAUGUCAACGACAACCGGCCUAUUUUUACACAGCACAGUUAUCGAGCUUCGGUCGCUGAGAACUUGUCCGUCAAUCCACCAGCUCCUAUACUGCAGGUACGAGCUAUGGAUCACGAUGAGGGUCUUAACGGAGACGUGUGGUACAAAAUAAUAAAAGGCAAUGAAAAUGGUUCAUUCAGUCUCAACCCAGAAACUGGAAUUCUGUACCCAGCCGUAUCUCUCUUGGGAAGAGCUCAAUCUUACAAGAUCAAGGUGGAAGCGAGAGACAUGGCUGGCCGAGGACCACACUCCGACACUUGCCACAUUUACGUUCGCGUCAACCCCGUGAAUCAGCACAAGCCAGAGUUCAUCAUGCCAGAGUUACCCAAUGCGACGGUGGAAGUUCCAGAGAACGCAGGAGAACCAAGCUACUUAGUCAUGACGGUAAAAGCUCUUGACCGAGAUUCUGGGGAUAACGGCAAAGUCAGUUACCACAUGAAAGUCGGAAACAGAAACGUCCAAGAAACUGAAGAGUUUUCAAUCGACCAAGAUUCUGGAGAGCUCCGCUCGAAGAUAAUACUCGACCGUGAAACCAAGAGCAAAUUCGAGCUCGUUCUCGUGGCAGCAGAUCAUGGAAGUCCAACGGCUUACGAGACUCUUCGUCUGCUGACGGUUAUUUUGAUCGACACGAACGACAACGUGCCCGAAUUCUUCGAAGAUUACCACUUUGACGUUCCAGAGAACCGCCCGAAAGAUUACUACGUAGGAAAAGUCACUGCCGAAGACAAAGACGAAGGGAGGCACGCCAAAGUUUAUUACUACAUAAAGUCUGGAAACGCAAAUCAUUCCUUCUACAUCGACAAGUCGGACGGAAGCGUUUACACAAACUGCUCGUUCGAUCGGGAAAAACGAGAGAGUUAUCUCUUGACUGUGCUCGCAGCCAACGACCCGGACCUCUACAUCGAUCCACGGGAUAGCGAUCGCGGACGCAAAAACCCGGAGCACGGCUACGUCAACAUCACGAUAAAAAUACUGGACGAGAACGAUAAUCCACCGAGCUACGAGAGGAGCGCCUACUUUGCUGGGGUCAAUUCCAUGGCUAACAUAAACGAACUGGUGACCAAGGUGACAGCUUCGGAUCCGGAUCUCGGUAAAAACGGGACCCUCCAGUAUUACGUGGCUAGCGCCAAUCUUUACAAGUACGGCUCCAGCAAACCGAGUGGCUCGAUCGUGCCGAGUCCGUUCAAUGUCACGCAAGAUGGAAAACUCGUUACCAGCGGCUAUAUGGCGGAAUACAACCAGGAUCGAUUCAUCGUUGAGAUCGUGGCCAAGGAAAUCGCUUCGCCAGAGAGAUUUUCCGUAGCUAAAGUUCACGUUUGGGUCUUUGAACCAAAUCAGCUCAUCAGGGUUAUACUCUCAAGGCCACCAGAAGAAGUUAAUCGAGAAAAGGACGAAAUUAUACUAGAGUUAUCAAACGCCACUCAAAGUCGUGUAGUAGUUGAUGACAUCCGUUUUCAUGUCGAUUUGUCUGGCCAUAUUCGUCACGAGUGGUGUGAUAUGUACCUGCACGUUGUGGAUCUUAAAACCCAGACUAUAUCACCCAUUCCUCAAGUUCUCAAAGUCAUUGAUUCAAAAUACGAUUUUUUGAAAGAAUAUUACACUGGAUUUGCCAUCGAGAACGUUGUACCUGCGUACGUCGGUGCUCAAGAAGAAUCGUUUGACAUUGCAUUAGCCGCUCUCAUUGCUUUGCUCGUGGUAUUGUUUAUUGGUGCUGUUACCGUGACUGCUGUUUGCUGUUGUCUCAAACAUUGGGUUAUCACUGUGCCGAGUGAUAUUCGCAAGAAGGAUGGCCUUAUAAAAAAGCAGAUCAUUGAUGAGUUGAACACCACGGAAAAUCCACUGUGGAUCGAACAAAAACUGAAGCUGUACGAGGAACAGGAAUUGACGAUGCAAGUAUUCAGCGAGCCAGAAACCGGGCUUGCCACCGAAAGACGCGGCAGUAACAUGAGUUUGGCGAUGGGCGAUACAUCCCAAGACAAUACUUACGCUACGAUACAGCAUCCACUGCCGGCCAACAGCAGGCACCGUUCAUCGACGCCUGACUACACCACUCUCCCUGGAAAUCUCAACAUGUACGAGUCUGCAAUGGGCUUUCAAGGUUCGACGUUCCAGCCAGCGACACUAUCUCAGUUGACCUUGGAUCAUGACGGUCAGCUCCAAUUUGUGUCAGGCCUCGUUUAGACCACCACACUCGGGGGGUAUCAAGCAACGACUAGGCGUUUGUCAGACACGCUUUUGUGAAUAUUUAUGAAACAAACAUACCCGACGUAAGUAGAAGAAUGCAGUUAGAAUACUAAGAAAGAAGAUUAUUUAAUUUUCGGACAUUCAAAAUGCAUGAAAUAAGACCCCUAAGGUAGCUGACGUGAAAAAGCAUUUUUUCAUCGCUAACUUUGAGUAUGUGAUUUUGAAGGUAUUAUCCAAUACUAAGAAAGUUUUUUUUUUUGAAGGUCCCGUAUUUCAAAU